GGGUGUGGGCCAUAUUUUUUAAAGACCACCUCUGCCCUUGGUGAGUUGAAGACAGACAACUGUGAGGAUUUUCAGCUGGAUUGUUGUGGUGUGGAAGGACUCAGGGCUCCAAGUAACUCCAGCUGUUAACAGUACAAAGAACCAGAGAACCGUCAACAUGGCCACUGCAAGCACUUCAGGACAGAGCGCCUUUGGACUGGGCAGGAGAAAGAAGGCCCCUGGGCUCCUGGACCAAAUUGGCUCAUUCUUUGGAAUAGACAAGAAGAAAAGGGGCAAGGGAUCCUUCCGUGGUCACCUGUCAUCCUCACCCCAGAGGCCUCAGCACUCUUCGUCUCGUCGCCGUGGAGAUGACAACGCGGUGGUUCACUUCUUCAGGAGCUUUGUAUCUUCAUCUUCCCCCCGUCCUAAGUCAAGGUGGAGAGAGCUCCUGGGUUUGAGCGAGUGUGUACUUCUGGAUGACUUUGACACAGCUGGACUUUUUAUGCACCGCACCCGGGGGACGCUAAGUCCUCGACGUCGCGUGCAUCAGAGAGCCUACGAUCACCCCGCAGAAGACGCCGAGACGAGGCCAACACACUCUCCAGAAUCUUCAACCUGGGAGAGAGCCGAUCCCGCUCCCCCCCUAAACGCUGGAGCACCAUCUUCUGAGCCCCCAGUGAACAACAGGAACAUGGACGAACGUGAGAAAGAGUGCAGAGGCCGUAAUGAUGACGACGAUGAUGAUGAAGAGGACAAGCAAGAAGACGGCUGUUUGACUGACUCAAGUUUUGAAGACAUUAAUAGACUAACAACUGCCACCACUGCUUCUGUAGAGGGACACAAUCUAAGCACUUAAUUCGCAUGUGUGCAUUACUGAGUGAAAAAGAACAAAUACAGCUGUUUGCCCAUGCUCAAGGUAUACCUCUAGCACCACUUCAUUCAUUCAUUAUGUAUAACCUUAUAUUUAUUUAGACAAAAGGCCUCCAAGUGUGUUAUUUUAAGUGAUGUUUGAAGUGUUAAUGCCUUUCAGAUCAAAGUUAUACUCUGUAGUAGUACAUCUUAAUAUUUUAUUGCCAAGCUGAAAGCUGCGGAAGGCUACAGAAUCAUCAUAUUGAUCGUUCACCUCAUUUUGGUGAAGUUCAGUAUGGCCACAUCUGUGAUACGAUCACCAGACAUACACAGAUGCCAAUGUCAGUAGCUAAUAUACUCCCCUAAAAACUAGUUAUGUGAAGUGACUGUUGAUAUGUGUGAAUAUGCCUUACUUUACGGUUUGUCUCAAUCUGGAGGAUCUUGACUUUUUGUGGAUGUCUCUGUGUGUCUUGUGUGUGAAUGUUGUCUCAAAGUAGUUUUGUAAGUUUUUUGUAAGGGCUUGUGUCAGCUAACUUUUAAAAAAAAUAUUAGGACACAACAUUGAGUUUCGUCGAAAUGUAGAAUGUUGUUACUACUCUGCCAAACUGUCAACAUAACAAAUUGAAAUGCGUCGUAACUGAUUUGAAGUACUUCUAUUAUAAUCCAUACUGAGUGUUCAAAAUAACGCUGCACGAAAAGUGCCCUUUCAUUGUACUGCUGAUACAAAAGCCUGCACAGUGCACUAAAUGGCUACUUUAAACAUUUUAAAUGUACAAGUUAUUCCACUGAAGGAUUUCAACCAAGCCAUUCAACCACCAUUAAACAUGGUCAAAUAGUUAAAUAUUUCAGCUGAAUUCCAUCACUUUUAUUCACAUAACCACUUCAGACCUACAGUCGCUAUAUGUUUUCUCUAUGGUUUUGUGGAAUUGUUUUACAUUGCUUAACUACUCUUUAUUACUGUUUUCAUUCUGAAGUAAAAAUCAGUGAGUUGAAUGGUGGCACCUAAGGUAAGAGAAGGGAAAAGUAACGGAAAGUUGUUGAGAGGUUAGUGAGGAUGGAAGAAACAAUGUUUUAUGGGCGACGAAUGACCGCAUAUAUCUCUGAUGUUCUCUUUGAUUUUCAAGAUGAUAUAUUUAUCCUUGCAUGUAUUAUUAUUUUGUCUUGUGGCUGUUGAUGUUCUGUUUUUAAUUUCCAUGUAUGUAUGUGGUCUUUUUGAACGAGUUAAGUAGUGUUAAAAAGUCUAAAUUGUUAUAUAUGUUAGUGUCAAAUCUGUCAUAAACAUGGUGCUAGCAAUGUCGCAUACAAAAUGCAAGAUUAGAUGUAUCAGUGUCUAAAUUAUUCCUGUGUACAUUUCAUAGUGUUUCGACUUCAACCAAUACCUAAUGUUCUGCUUAACUUGAAAUAAAGAUUUGGAACAUACCCUCA